GUCCCCUUCGGGGUGACAUACGAAAAAAUUGGAACGAUACAGAGAAGAUUAGCAUGGCCCCUGCACAAGGAUGACACGCUUUCCCGGAGUGGUAGACCUACGGGUCUCAAUAUUUAUCUUUUUCGUUCUAGUGAGCCUAGAAAGCUCACGAGACAGCGCACUCCCACAUCGUCGUCAACGCAGACCUGA